UAUAUAUAUAUAUAUAUAUAUAUAUGGCUCCUGUUUCAUUGCCUCCUGGUUUUCGUUUCCACCCUACCGACGAGGAGCUUGUUGCUUACUACCUCAAAAGAAAGAUUAAUGGUCGUGAGAUUGAAUUGGAGGUCAUCCCCGAAGUUGAUCUCUACAAAUGUGAACCAUGGGAGUUACCUGGAAAGUCAUUAUUACCAAGCAAAGAUCUUGAGUGGUAUUUCUUCAGUCCACGGGAUCGGAAGUAUCCCAAUGGAUCAAGGACUAAUCGCGCAACCAAAGCCGGAUAUUGGAAGGCCACCGGAAAGGAUCGAAAAGUGAACUCUCAGAUGCGUGCCGUGGGGAUGAAGAAAACCCUUGUUUAUUAUCGAGGGAGAGCACCUCACGGCGCUCGAACCGGUUGGGUUAUGCAUGAAUAUCGUCUGGAUGAGAGAGAAUGUGAAAAUGCUCCUUCAGGCUUGCAGGACGCGUAUGCACUUUGUCGUGUGUUCAAGAAGAGUACUACACCUGGUCCGAAGAUAGGAGAGCAUUAUGCCACCACAACUACCUAUCAACUAACAAGUAACCACUCAUCAAGCAUUGAUUUAUAUUCCGAGGGAAGAGGUGAAGAUUUGGAUAGAUCGGAUAAUUAUCCAAUGCCAUAUGAUUCUUCCUCACCCAGCAUGAAUAUUACCGGAUCAUCACAUGAUAUGAAUGCAACAAGAGAUGGGAAAUGGAUGCAGUACUUAUCAGAAGACGCAUUUAACUUAACCCCUCCACCAUUUCCAAAUUAUGCAACCGUUUCAUACCCUCCAUCAAAAGUGGAUAUAGCAUUAGAGUGCGCAAGGUUGCAGCAUCGAUUCUCACUUCCUCCAUUAGAGGUGGACGACUUUCCUCAAGCUGGAUUCACUGACUUUAGAAUGUCACAAUCAACGCCGAUACGAGAAGGUGGAAAUGAAACCGAUAUUUUACAGGAAAUCCUUUCGGUAGCUCAAGCUUCUCAGGAACUAAUAAAUCAAUCAAACAUUCCGGACACGUGGGGUGGAAAUUAUGCCCCUGAUGAUGAUUUUUCCUUCAUGGUUGGCAGAGAUCAUACCCGUAAUAUUCAAGUUAGUGACAUGAGUUCUGAGAGAUAUUGGGAGGAUCCAAGUACGAGGUCCAUACAUAUUGGAGAUCUGGAUGAAGAUUUUAAGACGUCGGAGAGGAUGGCAGAGAAUUUAAGAUGGGUGGGAAUGUCGGACAAAGAUCUUGAGAAGAGUUUAAUGGAAGAACACAAGAUUGUUCCAAUAGAAGAUAUUUCAAGCUUUCGGAGAAGAGAAGAGGAUGAGAUUCAAGGAGAGAGUGGGCAUACCAAAAGCUGCAACGAAUUCAAUGACACAGAGAUAAACAGUUUCCCACUUGGAUUUAUCAACGACGAACCAAACGACAACUUCCUUGAUGAUGGAGACAUGGAUGAUUAUUCAAAUUCUCCAAGCUUCGAGGUCAUUGAGGAAAUUAAAGUCAAUCACGGAAUGUUUAUUUCCACUCGCCAGGUAGCCGAGACAUUCUUUCACCAAACAGUUCCUUCGCAGACAGUUAAGGUCCACCAAAACCCAGUGAUGAUGAUGAAAAACUUCUCAAUUGAGAAAGCUGACGUACAAAUAAGGUCUGAGAAUAGAUCAUCAUGUUCUUUCUCUUUCUUUAGAAAGAUUAAAUAUGUAGCAAGUGCAAUUCUUUCAAUGGUCGCACUUGUUUUGGUGCACCUAUAUGUCGGGGGAUAUCUGGAAGAAGAGAAAGUGGAAGGGGAAUUAGCUGCUUGCUGCUCUGACAAUGUCAAGAACAAGAGAAGAUCACCGGCGGGAAGAAUGAAGUCUAUCAGUGACAGGAAAAAACAGGUUUCGUUGGUAAUUAACACAAAUAGUGCUUUUUCCAGGAGUACUGUAGGGAUCUUCCUUACCAUUUCUUUAGCUCUUUGUACCAUGUGGGCUAACCACAUAAAUUAAAUUAAAGCUACCGCUUGAUUUCCUCAUGAUUUUCACUUCAUUUCUAACUUUAGUUGCUAAUUUGGGAAGCAUAAGUCAGCCUUCUCCUUGUUAUAGGCAGAUGCGCCUCAAAAUACUUGUACUUUAUAUUGACUCAAAAAUUAUUUGAUAAUUAUUAUUGAUUUAUAUUAAUGGAA